GAGGAUCCAUUUGUCAUGGUUGCUGAGAACAUCCUUGGUCAGCCUAAGCGGUACAAAGGAUUCUCCAUCGACGUGCUCGACGCCUUGGCUAAGAUCCUGGGCUUCAAGUACGAGAUCUACCAGGUGGUGGACAGCAAGUACGGCUCGCAGCAGCCCAACGGCUCCUGGAAUGGAAUGAUCGGCGAGCUCAUAAACAAGGUGAGCUUUUCUGUAUGGCCCGUGAAACCUGCCAACCUGCCAUAUUACCCCCAGGAAGAGAAUGUCAUUUGAGACCAUUACGGCUCAAACCAACACAGUUUCCACUUGGUUUCAGUCCCCACUCAUCCCUGACUGACCGGGGGACGUUUGCUAUACUUAUUCUCUGUCUGUCCCCAUAGAGAGCUGACCUGGCCGUGUCUGCCAUUACCAUCACUCCGGAGCGGGAAAGCGUGGUGGACUUCAGUAAGCGCUACAUGGACUACUCUGUUGGCAUCCUGCUGAGGAAACCGGAGGAGAAGAUCAACAUCUUCUCGCUGUUCGCUCCGUUCGACCUGGCCGUGUGGGGGUGUAUUGCUGCAGCCAUCCCCGUGGUGGGAGUUCUCAUCUUCCUGCUAAGCAGGAUGCAGUCACUGAGGACCCAGAAUCCUCCAGUGCCACACCAGCAGCCCGCCAACCAGGCGUCCAACUCCCUACACAGUGCUAUCUGGAUAGUCUAUGGAGCAUUUGUACAGCAAGGUACAGAAGGACUAUCAACUCUCCUAUAUACUCAUUUAGCUUUUAUUUAAAGCAACCUAGGCCAUUUUACAGUAGAAAACAAAUGUAUAAUUUGCAUGUAUCAAAUAUUUAAUGGGAAACAUACAAUUUUCAUGUGCUGGAAGGUGUUAGAUUACAUUUAAAAAUGCAUGAUUCAUUAAAAUAUCUGGUGACUAUUAACAAAUUAUUUAUGAUAAGAUGUUCGUACUUUCUAAUGCUUGGAUGAACAUUAAGCCGAUUUAGGUAAUGAAAGUGAUCCUAUGCAUUACAAUACCAUCCAUAAAGUUGCACAUGAAGUGGAAAAGGCCACACAGCUGUUUCUGCACCUAUGUUACUGUCUCAUACAAAUCCCAUGCACACAUGUGCAGUCCAUAUAACAUAGUGAUUGCAUUACCAGCUUCUUAAGCUCACAAGAGCACAGUAAAGGUGCCUUUGAAUGAAGAAAAGGAUAUGUUGGUUGGGAUCCAAGACUGGCAAAGGGAAAUAAAUGAGUGUGUCAGCAAGUCCUGUUGAACCCUCAGCUGCAUCUAUAAUUAUCUCCUGCCAGAGAGCAUGUUGAACCAUUUUAAGCCUAACAGCCAAGGAUUAAACAUGGGGAGCCUCUGUCCUGUUGAUUCUUCGCAACUGCCCACUAUUUCAAGUGGACACUUUUUACUGUAUGGGAAAACAAUGGUCUGUCAUAACACAUUUUUCAUUGAAAGUUAUGGAUCCUUUGAAGUUGAUCACUCUAAUCUGGAUACGUUUUAUUAGUACAGUAUAUUGUCAACCAAUUGUGUUAUGGGACGGUGAACAGACUUCAGCCCUUCAAUGAUCCUUAUUAACCCUUUUCGUUACAACAUUUUCUAUAUAUAUCAGUGGAGGCUGGUGGGAGGUGCUAUAGGAGGACCGGCUCAUUGUAAUGUCUGGAAUGGAAUAAAUGGAAUGGAAUGAAUGGAACGGAGUCAAACGUGGUUUCCAUAUGUUUGAUGUGUUUGAUACCGUUCCAUUGAUUCCAUUCCAGCCAUUACAAUGAGCCUGUCCUCCUAUAGCUCCUCCCACCAGCCUCCUCUGAUAUACAUCCACCCACUUUAACAACUACUUGUUCAUCCUCAACCCAUUGAUAACUGUAGUUGCUCUAUUUUCUACCCAGCCUGGAUGGUGACAUGUCCUUUCUCCCCCUCUAUAGGAGGGGACAGCGUGGUGAGCUCUGUGGCCCUGAGGAUCGUCAUGGGCAGCUGGUGGCUCUUCACCCUCAUCGUAUGUUCCUCCUACACAGCCAACCUGGCAGCCUACCUCACCGUCUCCCGCAUGGACACCACCGUA